CAGUCAGAAGGGACUGAGGACUCAGAGGGAGAGAGUCAGCAACCGUCUCCAGAGAGAAGGCUGUUUCUCAGAAAGAAAGAAAAAAAAAAAGGAUACGGCAGCUGGGAGGGUUUGCAAAAGAGUAACAAGUGGUUAAUCAGAUUUAGGAGCUACAUUUUUUUUUUUUUUUUUCCUUUUUCGAAGUUUACAAAAGGAGACACGAUGAAGCUGAAGCUGAAGCUGCCAAAUCCGGGACUGGAUGACAGGAUCGCGUCCCACGGGGACCUGGAGAGGAUGGAGAAGGACGAGGCUGGGGACAGACCCCAGUGGGACAACAAAGCCCAGUACCUGCUCACCUGCGUGGGCUUCUGUGUGGGGCUCGGCAACGUCUGGAGGUUCCCCUACCUGUGUCAAAGUCACGGCGGAGGAGCGUUUAUGAUCCCGUUCCUGAUCCUGCUGGUUCUGGAGGGAAUCCCACUGCUGCACUUAGAGUUCGCCAUCGGUCAGCGUCUGCGGAAAGGCAGCGUGGGCGUAUGGAGAUCCAUCAAUCCUUAUCUGGCAGGAGUUGGCAUUGCCUCCAUGCUGGUGUCCUUCCUGGUGGGUGUCUACUACAACACCAUCAUGGCCUGGAUCAUGUGGUAUCUCUUCAACUCCUUCCAGGACCCUCUGCCCUGGAGCCAGUGUCCACUCAAUGCUAACAGGACAGGAUAUGUGGAGGAGUGUGCGCGGAGCACCACCGUCGACUACUUCUGGUACAGAGAAACGCUGAACACUUCGACAGCCAUCGAUGAGUCCGGGGGACUGCAGUGGUGGAUGGUUCUGGCCCUCAUCGCCGCCUGGACUGUGCUUUACAUCUGCUGCAUCAGGGGCAUCGAGACGACCGGCAAGGCUGUGUACAUCACCUCCACUUUGCCGUAUCUCGUCCUCACCAUCUUCCUCAUCCGGGGAUUGACUCUAAAAGGCUCUACAGAAGGAAUAAAGUACCUCUUCACACCAGAUGUAGAUGAACUAAUGAAUCCUUCAACCUGGCUGGAUGCAGGAGCCCAAGUGUUUUACUCCUUUUCGCUGGCUUUUGGAGGUCUCAUCUCCUUCUCCAGCUACAACUCUGUGCACAAUAACUGCGAGCAGGACGCUGUCCUCAUCUCCAUCAUCAACGGCUGCACAUCGGUGUACUCGGCAACGGUUAUCUACUCCAUCAUCGGCUUCAGGGCAACACAGAAAUACGAUGAAUGCUUCGGAGACAAUAUCUUGAAGUUGAUGAAUGCUUUCAACUACCCCGAGAACAACAUCACACAGAGCAACUACAACGAAAUUCUGACUCACCUCAACCACACGAGUCCGGAUGUCAUCCAGGGAUUGUCCUUACAGACCUGCGACAUGCAGACUUUCCUUAGCCAGGGUGUGGAAGGAACAGGACUGGCCUUCAUUGUCUUCACAGAAGCCAUCAUAGAGAUGCCGUUUUCCCCUCUUUGGUCUGUUCUCUUCUUCAUCAUGCUCUUCUGCCUCGGCCUCUCGACUAUGUUUGGCAGCAUUGAGGGUGUUAUAGCUCCUCUGCUGGAUCUCAAAGUGCUACCCAGGAGUUGGCCCAAAGAAGUUAUCAGUGGUCUGACGUGCUUCGUAUCUCUAGCUCUUGGACUCAUUUUCGCUCUUCGCUCUGGGAACUACUGGCUGGCUCUUUUUGACAAUUUUGCAGGCUCGAUUCCGCUCCUGGUCAUCGGAUUUUUUGAAAUGAUUUCUGUUGUCUACAUCUAUGGCAUGGAUAGGUUUAAUAAAGACCUUGAGUUUAUGAUCGGCCACAAACCCAAUAUCUUCUGGCAGGCGACGUGGAGAGUGAUUAGCCCCCUCAUCAUGAUUGUCAUUCUGAUUUUCUACUUUGUCACCCAAGUCACGAAGGAACUUACCUAUCUGGUCUGGGACCAGGAGGCGGAGAGCUUUCCCACCCUUGCUGAGCGUUACUACCCACAAUGGGUCUACAUCAUGAUCUUCAUCCUGGCUGGAGUUCCCAGUUUAGCCAUACCCUUCUUUGCCCUUUACAAACUCAUCCAGAGGAAAUUCUGCAAAAAGGACUACAGUGACAGUACAGUGGACACAGUCUCUGCCAAAAUACAAAUGAAUGACAAAAUGAAGUUUUAGAUAACUGUUCUUCUUUUGGCUAUUUAAUAUCAACAAACUUGUAAAUUAUGUUUAUUGGACUUUGCUGGUGUGUUGUAAUGAUACAACAGUACGCCGACGACUCACUGUUAUCUUUGAAAGGCAAAGACAGAGACUACUAAAUACUCCACAAGAACAGAGAGUUUUGUUCUCUCUGCCAUUGCUGCAAGAACGACGACUAAGUUCUUUCAGGCCAGGCCAAUUUGUACUUAACAACCCUUGUGCACAACUUCUAGAAAGCCAUCAUAGUUUUCCCAACAAUGUCUGUCAAGAACAAGCUUCAAGAACUCCUAAACCAGAGCUGUAAAAGCAGAAUCACGUCACUUUGUUCUUGCAUCCUUGGGAGAGCGAACAAAUGGCUCUGUUCUUACAAAGUAUGUAUAGGCCUUACGUUUUAGUGUUUUUACUAAAGAAAACAUCCAGUUAUGCCAUGCAAUGACAGCAGUAAAGAUAUUAUUGACUAGGUUAAGGUAUAAAGGGAUUGUGAAUAAUACACUUGUGUAGUAUGAAAACUUGUCGCACUGGGUGUACAACAUUGGCAACACAAACAGCAUGAGCGGCACAGGCUUGUACAUAAACAUGUACUUAAAGACAAACUAGUUAUAUGUCUGUAUGCUAGUACAGAAUAAACAUUGAAAUGAGACACUGAGCUCUGUAGAACCUUUAUGUUUAAAAUACUUUGGGAUAAAUAAGAAUUUGUUUAAUGGGAAAGUCACAUAGCAACACAAAUAAACUGUUUGAGUUGUUGAAAUAUCAGAAACAUUGUUGUAAGCACUAAAUUUAUUGAUCUUGUUUGUGGGUUCUGGUUGAUUUGAGUGGCACUGUUGGUGUUUGGGGACCUAGUUUGUAACAUGACUUGGGGUUUCUGUUAGAUAUAUUGGUGAGGAACCAUGCUGCUCUAGUGCGGGAAAUUCUCUUUUAACUGUACCCGUUGAAAUUAUUGCUUAAGAAACACCAAUGUCUAUUUUUGACCUUAAACUACUUCGACAAAUCUUUGCAGUUUCGUUUUACUUACCAUUAAAAGUAACAUUACAUGUUGGAUUUGUCCAGGUGUUCUCCACUUUCUGCGUAUUGUAUUCUGUACUAAACAAAAAAAAAAAAGGGAACUCAUCUUGUUAUAUCAAAACUGGCAUCAUCUUUGUUUGCACAGCCAACAUUUUGGAGGUUGCGCGCUAACCCUAAAGGCUUCAAGUGUUUUUCCAAUAAUGUACAACAUAGCUUAGCUAAACCUGAUAGUUAAGCUAGGUUUAUUAAACGUCUCUUAAGUUCAAGAAUUGAAAUGCCAGAAUUUUAAAACAGCUUUUGGAGUAAAUAUUUUGAGCUAAUAAAAAUCACUGUUUGUUUUUAAGCUAAUUCAGCUGCUUGUAGCUCAGAAACAUUAAGCUAGCUUGAGGUUUAUGAGCUUCAAUGCAAAAAUGCAAUACAGACAUAAAAUAACCUUAUUUCUAUGUCUUGCUAUUCUUUUGAUAUUGUGUUUAAAUUGUUUUUUUCUAAUAUGUUCAAAAUGAUGGUUUUAAUAUUGUACAUAAGCAUUUUAGAUGGAUAGUUUCUGUUCACACGUUUGAACACUACCUAAUGUUUUACAUUUCUGUGAUUGGAAAAAUGUAAUAUUACUUUGUCGAAGGGGUUUACUGUUUUUUAGGCACUGCUUGACAAAAAUUAGUCCCCGGGUUAAUUUAUUUCAGGUGGCACGUAUAUUGCCGCUCCACAUUUACAGUUGACGUGACAUGUAUGUGCUCAUUUGCUCAGAUAUAAAUCAAAAAUAAAAAACACGCAGAACACAA